AGGCGUCGCUCGCUCUCUGGCUGGCGGGGUUCUCUGGAAACGGCGCGGGCGGGCGCCGAGCUGCCCUUGCGCCGCGCGCGGAGACGUCGCCCAGUCAUGGCUCCCCGCAUCUUCCCCAUUGUCAAGUUCCUGGUCAAAGGCGGCCUGGCAGGGGGAGCCAUCUACGUGGUUUACAGCCAAGGUUUGCUGAGCGGGGGCGAGGAGGGGGCCCAAGCCCUCCGAAAAGCCCAAGAAGCGCUCCCCCCGGCUGUGGAAGAAUGGGCGAAAUAUUUUGGCUGGAAGCUUCCUGCUGUCCCAAAGACUGAAUUCUCUCUCUGCAGCUACUGGAACUCAGGGGUUCGGACGACAAUCGGCGCUCUCUCCGUAGCCCCGACCAGGGCCAGUGAAUAUACCCAGAAUGGAUGGAAGUACAUGAAGGACCUCGUCAAAUGAAGCCUCUCUGAUAAGGCACCCUCUUGCCACCUUUAAUGGGGAGGUGUUCAGCACCAGAGUCUGGCCCUUGUUUCUCAAGGGCUGCAAUAAAAGACUUUAUAAUAAGA